ACAGAUUGUCUCCUCAGCUCUGCAUCCAUGCACGCGGCCGCAAACUCCACACUCUCAUCAAUCAGGUACCGCUUACUAUCUCGCCUCCUCGACUGCGGGCUGUAAUUCCAACCGCCACCGUGAUCGACAGAAAAAAAGAUCGCUCAAGACCUCGUCACCGUCCUGUUCGGAUGGCAACAAGUCGGCCGAGUCAGCGCCACCAAUCCAGAUAACGGCCUACGCAAGGGGCGAACCAAUUGACCAUUCGAGCAGCUCCAACUUUCCUCAAACCACCGCCGUUUUCGUAGUGGUUUCACACGCCGCACAAACGUCAACGCGACCGAUCGAACGACUCGAGAAACCAUCAGAAACCAUCAGAACGGUGUACAAAAAGAGUUCGUGGCCUGGCUGAGGACCGCACUCCAGCAUCGCCUGCUCUCCGCAGCCGAUGUCUGGCAGGAAGCUAGGGGGCGGCAGGAUCUUGGGGAGCGGAAAGGGUCUCGCUCCUCCGGCGCCGCCCCCGCCGCAGCCACAGCAGCAUCAACAUCAACAUCAUGGUUCCGUGAGAGCGCCGAGCCCCUUUGCUGCUUCCGAGGUCAGCAGCAUAUCUUCAGGCUCGCACAACCAAAACACAAUCACACCGCCGACCUCAUCCAGUCCUCUACCCGACUUCUCACAAGAUCUUGCCGCCAACAUCAGUCUCGAUGCGCCGUCGCCGUCAAAUGCUGGAGCCGGUGGGCUGGUGUGCCCAAUAUGCCAGGAGGAGAUGUUGACUCUCCUCCAACUCAAUAGGCAUAUCGACGACAUGCACCAGGAGCUACCACAAGUACAACACGACGAGGUCAUGACAUGGAUUGACAAACAGGUUCUAAAGGCAAAAAAGCUACAGCCCCUGUCCCUCCUCAGCCAGAAGCUCCGGGGCCUUGAAGUAUUUGAGUCGAACGAAGAUCCGAUAAUCAACAACAAUGUGCAAUCCUCCGCCCAUCAUUCUUCAUCGUCUAAUGCCACAGUACCUCGGGUGGUAGAGCCAUCCGUCAUAGAUCCCGACGAUUUGAUCACGAAGAAGCACUGGCAAAGGUCGACAGGAGGGGAUUCGUGCACGGAAUUGACCUGCGAUCGUCGCCUUGGUCCGUUGAGCGGAAGCAUCAACUGCCGAAAAUGUGGGCUGCUAUUCUGCGAGGAGCACACCAUGUACCAGAUGCGGCUAAGUCCCCGUACGGCCACACACGAUCCAGCAAGGGGACACUGGUAUAGGGUUUGCGAGACUUGUUACAAGUCAAGAGAAGGCUACAAUGACCACAACGGGUUGAUCACGGACCAUACGGCAGCAUUUGUGGCCAUACGGAAACAACGCGUGGAAAGGCAGAACCUGGAUAUUGCAAGGUUGGAGAAGCGGUUGACUAAGCUCACGCAACUACUGGCAAGUCCACUUGAAGAGGUGGCUGCCAUGACACCCGGAGCAGGCGGGUUGUUGACCUCGCCGAUCGCAACGCUGGCGGGCCAAAAGAGCACCAGGAAGGCGAUAGAGCAGUCAGUAGUGACGUGGGAGGACGACGCGUCGGUGGCGCGUUGUCCUUUUUGUCAACAAGAGUUUGGAUCAUGGACAUUCAGGAGACAUCACUGCCGAAUAUGUGGAAGGGUAGUAUGCGCCGAUCCGCAGACCGGCUGCUCGGCCGAGAUUGGCUUGAAUGUGGCUUCAGUGCCACAACGACCUUCACUGCUACAGCAAAACUCAUCCACGUACUCAUCUACUUCGCUGGGACCGUUGAGGUCGACAGCCUUAGAAAAGCGUCUCGACCCAGGCGCAGGGUCGCAGGGACAAAUCAGCGUGAGCGUGCGAAUGUGUCGGGACUGUUCGACCACGAUAUUCUCGAAGCGAGAUGUUGCAGCGUCUAUUGCAUACAAGCCGGCAGAUCAGCGCGCAUACGAAAACUUGCGCCAGUUCGAGCGAGGCAUACGCUCCUUGAUGCCCUCGUUCCAGAGAUCCCUCCUUGCCCUGCAGCCCCCAGACCCCAACAACCUCCACGCCUUGGAAAAACCACCGCCGACACACGCGCAGAUCCAGGAGGCGGCCAAGAUACGCAAACGACUCAUGGACGCCUUUGCAAAGUACAACCUUGCUGCCAAAAGGCUCCGCGACCUUCCCACUGAUAACCCUGCGCAGAAGAAGCUUCAGCUGGCGGUCCACGCGGCGGCAUCGACAUUCCUGCACACGCACAUGUUGCCCCUGAAAAGUGUGCCGCACAUGUUGAGGAGUAGUUCAUCAUCAAAGCCCUCAUCCGCUGGACAGCAGCAUAGGCGCAUGCUGAGCGGGCUAAAUCAUGGCAACGGCUUGGCAGGCCAUCUCUCACCGCUUCGCAACGGAGAAACACUGGCAGGGGACGGAGAUGCGUCUAGUGUCGCAGGCAGUGAAGUGAGCACAGCCGCGUCGGCCCUCGAGACCGAGGAGAAAGAGCUCCGGGAGAGGCUGGUUGUUUUGGAAGAGCAGAGGUUUUUGGUGCAGGACAUGGUCAACAACGCGCGCGGGGCCAGGCGGUUCGAAGAGGUCGGCGCGCUCUCUGGGAACCUGGAGGAGCUGGAUCGGGAGAUUGCGACGCUCAAGAGGCAGGUCGCCGGCGUCGAGGAAAAGUGGGAGGGGCUGUACGCUACCGGUCAAGGGACUCCAGGUGCGGCGAGGUAGUUGCUCACAGGGCGGGAGCCCUCGCUAUUUUGUCAAUGUCUGAUGCAGCGGCUGAAGCCUUAUAACCAGUGACACGCUGGAGGUGGCUAGACGCACGUUCGUCGUGAAUAGCUUCGUGGGACUGUCACGGAAUAAUUUUGGAUAGCAUCUCCCAAGACAGUACAGGCAAGCCUUUCUCAGGGUUUGACCAUUCCUAACAUAUGAGUAAUGAUACAGAAUGACUGAAUCUUGGGCAUUGCGCGG